AUGAAGCAAUUGAUAGCUGUUGGUCAUGAUAUCCCAUUUGGCCCUGAAGAAAGCUCUGACAACAGGCUAGUGAUCGAACAGACGAAGCCCACUGUGCUCCUUACCUCAGCUCGCGUUGACUACUUGAAUACGUCACAAAGCUCCGAACAAGAUGGCAUUCAUCGUUACCUGCCUUAUCAACUCGAUAUACGCCCGUCACAAGAAUUCGGCCAUUCCAAUGCUACAGCUAAAUUGGCGGCUCUGGAGGUUGCAUCAGCUCACGAACAACGGAUUAAGUUCUUUGUUCCUCACAAUGGAUUGAUUGACCCGGAGCAACUGGAUGCGGAGAGCUUGGGUUUUACACUUCAGGAGGGAAGACUUCUGCACAUGGCAAGCUCCAUCGAUAUGGAGAAUCCCGUUACCAUAGGCUGUGCCGGGGCUGUCCUCGCAUACAUCCAAAGGCGCAGAACUACCGACUCUAUCACUACGCUUGGGUCCACUGGAGCAUAUCAGGUCCGCUCUGUGGAGAUGUUCAGCCUCAAAGGAACCAUGUUCAUCAACAGAAGCACCUUACUUUCCCUGCAAAUCACAGAGUCCGAGUCACAUCCCAGUAUGCUCAAUCAAGGCCCCGGAAGAAAGUCACCAGCCUCGAAAGAAGGCCUCUCCGUAUAUGGCUUGUUUCAGCGCUUCGCACAUACUCCACAGGGGAGAAACCGGCUUAGACAGAUGUUCCUUCGCCCAAGUGUCGAAAUGAACGUUAUCAGCGAGCGACAUGACUUUAUCAGUGUCUACCUGAGACAGGAUAACUAUAAUACUUUGAAUAAAAUUGUGAAGGGUUUGAAGCAUAUCAAAAACCUUCGGCCCGUGAUGAUCAACCUCCAAAAGGGCAUCAGUACGGGAAGUGCUAAGAUCACCGGUUUCAAGACAACAGUUUGGGCUACACUACUUGCUUUCGCCUUUUAUGGCAUCGAUAUUCAUGACGCGUUGAAGGAGACAUUCGGUGCAGAUAAUCUGAACUUGCGUACUCAGGCUCUCCGUGUAUUUGAAGCAUCUCAAUUGUAUCGAGUAGGAAGGAUGAUUCAGGAAAUUGUCGACAUUGAUUGUUCAGAAGACCAAGGUAGAACAGUUGUGAAGCCAGGUUUAGACCGAGAACUUGACCGGAUGAAAGACACCUAUGACGGUUUGAACGAUCUCUUGAAAGAAGUUGCGACAGAGAUAGCAGCGACGAUCCCCGAAAGCCUCGAUAUUGACGUGAACGUGAUAUACUUCCCCCAGCUGGGGUUCAAUAUUGCAGUCCCACUCAACGACAGGGGUGAGGCAGCUUACAGCGGCACUGCUGAUGACUGGGAGCUUAUAUUUGUUACUGAGAAUCGAGCAUACUUUAAGGACUUCAGGAUGAGGGAGAUGGACCAGAGCUUGGGCGACAUAUAUGGGCUGAUUUGUGAAAAGGAAAUUGAGAUUGUUUAUGAUCUUGCGCAGAAGGUUCUGCAACAUAAGGAUGUGCUCGUGCAAGCGUCAGAUAUGUGUGGCCAUAUUGACAGUCUCCUUGCUAUGGCUCAAGCAGCAAGUUUCUAUAAUAUGGUUCGGCCCAGGAUGGUGGAGGAGAAAAUGAUCAGGAUCAAAGGUGGCAGGCACAUACUUCAGGAGUUGACAGUCCCAUCAUACGUACCAAAUGAUACGUUCUUAGUAGGAGGCAGUUCGGAGACUGAAAGUCGAGUCUCACAGAAGGUGCUGGAAAACCUCCAUGGCCCAAGUAUGCUUAUUCUUACCGGUCCCAAUUACUCUGGAAAAAGCGUCUACAUGAAACAGGUCGCUCUGAACGUAUAUCUGGCACAAGUCGGAAGCUUCGUUCCAGCAGAGAAGGCAGAAAUCGGAGUGACUGACAAGAUUCUGGUGAAAAUGAACUCCCAAGAGAGCGUGUCAAAAAUCCAAAGCACAUUCAUGAACGACCUACAGCAAAUCUCCUUUGAUCUGAAACAGGUGACGGGGCGAAGCUUACUCCUAAUCGAUGAAUUCGGCAAGGGAACCAACGAAAGUGAUGGCAUCGGGCUCGCUUGCGGGAUACUCGAGCAUUUGCUGAGCCUCAAGGACGCCCCGAAGGUUAUCGCGGCAACGCAUUUUCACGAAAUAUUCGAAAACGGAUUCCUUCAGCCAAGGCCUAGACUCCAGCUGGGACAUAUGGAAGUUCGCAUCUCUGGGGAGGCUUGCCAAGUGGAAGACCAGAUCACCUAUCUCUAUAAUUUCCGUCCGGGUCGUAGUAACAAAAGUUUCGGGACGAUUUGCGCAGCAAUGAACGGGAUAAGUCAGACGAUCGUUGACCGGGCAAAUGAGCUCGCUGCUCUCUCCGCUCGCGGCGAAAAUCUGAUCGCGGCUUGUGCCACUUUGUCGGCUGAGGAGACAGAGACUCUGGCUGAAGCGGAUGUCUUAGCGAGGCGUUUUCUGGCCUGGGACUUGUCGAACACUUGCGAUGCUGAAGGGGUGAGAGACAUGCUAGAGUCCCUCUUUGCUAAUACGGAAGAAUAA